UGAAGUCACAAGUAGGGCCUAGGGGCCAGCCCUGCUCACCAUUCCUGUCAUGGACACAGCCCCACCCGUCUGAUGUCCCCACAGCUCCUGUGCGCCCUCCCCCUCUGCAGUGCCACCGGGGCUGGCGCACCAGCCUCCCCAUGUAUGAGCCAGGCCUGGGCUGCUGACUCUGCAAUGGCCCUUGCUGCAUGGGGGGGUGCUCUGGGACCAGGCUCGCCAUGCUGGGCCAGCCAGCACAUAGGGGCAGGAGGACGCGGUACAUCAGUACGGAGCUGGGCAUCCGACAGCGGCUCUUCGUGGGCGUGCUCACCUCCAAGAGUACGCUGAACACGCUGGCUGUGGCUGUGAACCGCACGCUGGGGCACCGGCUGGAACGGCUGGUAUACUUCACGGGCACGCGGGGCCGCAAGGUGCCGCAUGGCAUGACAGUGGUGACACACGGCGACGAGCGGCCCAUCUGGAACAUGUACCAGACCAUCAAGUACGUGCUGGACCACUAUGUGAGCGACUUCGACUGGUUCUACCUGGUGCAGGAUGACACCUACACCGAGGCCCACCGUGUCAGUCGCCUGGUCUCCCACCUCAGCAUUGACACUCUUCUCUAUCUGGGCCGGCCUGAAGAGUUCAUUGGGGGCGACACUGAGGGGCGGUACUGCUACGGAGUCAUCGACUACACAGCCAUCAACUGCGUGGAGGAGCACGAGGGCCUGCGGUACCAGUACUUUGAGCUGGGGAAGAAUACAGCCCCAGAGCGAGAGAGUGACCCCCGUUUCCAAAGCGCAUUCACUGCCCAUCCUGUGCUGGACCCUGUCCAGAUGUACAGGCUGCACAAGCACUUUGCCCAGGUGGAGUUGGAGAAGACCUACCAGGAGAUCCAGCAGCUCCAGCUGGAGAUCCAGAACACCAGCAGCCUGUCUGCAGACGGAGACCACGGAGCCACGUGGCCCAUUGGCAUCACGCCCCCAUUCCAGCCCAAGACACGCUUUGAGGUGCUGCGCUGGGACUACUUCACAGAGGAACAAUUGUACUCCUGUGUGGAUGGCUCCCCGAAGUGUGAACUGCACGGUGUGGACAUGGCAGAUGUGGCUGACGUGGUGGCCACGGCCAUGGAGGAGCUGACCCGCAAGUCCCAGCCAGUGCUGCACAUCCGCAAGCAGCAGCUGGUGAACGGGUACCGGCGCUUUGACCCCACACGGGGCAUGGAGUACACGCUGGACCUUCAGGUGGAGGUGGUGACGCAGAAGGGGCACAGCCGCUCGGUCAUCAAGCGCGUGCACCUGGUACGGCCCCUCAGUGAGGUGGAGAUCAUUCCCAUGCCCUAUGUGACUGAGGCCAGCCGCAUCAAUGUCAUCCUGCCACUGACAGCACAUGACCGGGACCAUGCUAGCCACUUCCUAGAAGUGUACGCAGCGGCCGCCUUUGAGAGCAGAGAGAACGCUGUACUCACCUUCCUCUUUAUCUACGACCCCUUCGAGGCCCAGCAGGUGGUGCAGAAUGACAUCUUUGCCCCGGUCAAGGCCAGGAUUGCUGAGUACGAGCGCAAGUAUGCUGAGGUGAAGAUCCCCUGGAUCAGCGUCAAGACAGAUGCGCCCUCCCAGAUUAAGGUCAUGGACAUCAUCUCCAAGAAGCACCCUGUGGACACACUUUUCUUUGUGGCUGGUGUGGACACUGAGGUCACCACUGACUUCCUGAGCCGCUGCCGCAUGAACACCAUCAACAGCUGGCAAGUCUUCUUCCCCAUCCAUUUUCAGGGCUACAACCCAGCCAUUGCCUACCACAACCAGGCACUGCCCGCUGCCCUGGACCUGCUGCGGGAUGCCGGGCGCUUUGACCGAGACGUCUUCCACGAGGCCUGCUUCUACAAUGCUGACUACAUGGCAGCACGCACCCGCAUGGCGGUCGACGCGCAGGAGAACGAGGACAUCUUGGAGACCUUGGACAUCUAUGACAUGUUCGUCAAGUACUCCAGCCUGCAUGUCUUCCGGGCCAUGGAGCCUGCCCUGCUGCAGCGCUAUCGGCAGCACGCCUGCAACCCGCGCCUCAGUGAGGAGAUGUACCACCGCUGCAUGCAGAGCAGCCUGGAGGGGCUGGGUUCCCGCUCUCAGCUGGCCAUGGUGCUCUUUGAGCAGGAGCAGGGCAACAGCACCUGAACUACAGGAGGGGCCAGUUUAGCCAGGCUCCCUACGACCUGCCCCCCUACGACCUGCCCCCUACGACCUGCCGUAUCUGCCCUGCUGGCUCCUGUUCUCCCCCCCCUUGGUGCAGUGGUCACUCUGCUGGGCUGGGGUGUGGAGGGGGGGACUGUCCUGUCAGGGGUCCUGUGAUCUCUUGGGGCAGGAAGGGGUCUCACUUGUGACUUGGUUAGAGGAUGGGGCUGGAAGUCAGGCCGCCUGGUUCUGAUCCCAGCUCUACUCUGGAUCCUGCCCGGUCUCAAUGUCUCCCUUACCCUGUGUUCAUGGGGCAGUGAUUCUGAGCAGCUCCUGGCAGGGGAGUUCUUGUGGGCUGGCCCCGAGGCAGGUCCAGGAUUUGCUCCAAUAACUCUGCUUCCGUGAAAUGGCCCCAGUAAUCUUGGUGCCUGGUAGAGGGGCCUGGAGUCUGCAGGGAGGAUAGAGCCCCUCUCUCCUCCAUUUGUCAUGUGGGCCAUGCAGGGGCUGCCUCCUCCCAGUGCAGCAUGGACCCUCUGCGCCUGUGUGUGGGGGAUGCCUAGCCCUGCCCCGCAGCUUCUGUGUGCUGGUGACAGGUACUGAUGUGGGUGGACAGGCCUGGCCAUGCAGCUCCAUCCCACAGCGAGGUGCAGCACCCCCAUCUCUUGCCUUCUGCCCCAUGAACUCUGCUGGUUCCAGUGGUCAGAGGCUCCCAUGGCUGGCAGGGUGGGGAGCUCUGGCCCUCCAGUAAUCACCUAACUUUGCUCCCCAGGUGCUGGUCACCUGGAAUUUGGAGGCUCUGAGAGCCUCCUGUUUGGUACAAUGUGGGGUGUUCUGCCCCAUACCCAUGGUGUCCCUGGAAUGUUGCUGGGCAAGAAGGAUUAGAGCUGCAGGCUCUAUUCGGCCUGAUCCAGGGCUCUGUGUCCCAGGGAGCACAGGGUGCUGGCUCCUGGCUUGUGUUCUUGCAAGCACAGCAGUGGCUCUGGGCAGCUGCUUUAAGUGCUGUUGUAGAACUGGGAGAGAGUGGGGGAUUGAGGGUUUCUCUGGUACGUAUGGAGAAUAAGGCAUUUAACUUCAGUACGGUGCAUCUCUGACAACAACCCGCUGGCCUGAACACUUAUAGGACUCAGGCCCCAGGACGUGGGGGUGCAGGGGCAGCAGGAGUCCUUCUAUGCAUUGACUGUGCUGCUCCCCAUGGGAACCAUGACCCAGGCCGUUUUGGCCUCUGCAGUAUUUUAUAUGUCUUGAGGUUGCAGCCCUUGGACGAGAGCCUCCCAUGGGAGGUUUGAGCUGUCUCUGCUGCUAGCCCAGCAGGCCUCACUCAGCUGCUCCUGCUGGUGCAGUCACCUGCUACUCAUGGGGCUACCUGAGGGGGUGGGGGAUCUAGCCCCCAUUGACCACAAUCUGAGCCCCGCACAGGAACACGUCUGCUUGGAAUCAGGCCCUUCUCUGAGCUGGCCUCCGUGGAAUUGUGCUCUCUGCACUGAGCUGCCGAUGCAAGACUGUUCCCGGGGAGUGGCAGUGCUGCUGGCCCUGCUAGAAAGAGUGGAACAGUUUGGGUGCACUCUGAGCCUCCCAAGGAGAAAACGACUGGAGUCAGAUUCGACUCCAGGUUUAUAUUUAAUGGCGGGGCUGGGUGAUUGUGUUUACACUGCAAUAAAAUGGAGAGGAGAA